CGUCCCGGUCAGGACCGCCCCGCCUGUCCGGUGACCCCCGCCGUCAUUUCCUCCUCCCGCACCCGAGCCCGCCGAGCUCUCUUCCUGCCCAGCCUGCUGCUGAGCAUCUGGCAGCAAUGUAUAAUCCAUGCGUUCUCUUUUCCGGGAGUGCACCGAUUCGUUUCCCUUUCACACUUGUCUCCUUCCAAAAUGUCAGGCUUGAUCCCUGUUAGUUCAGUGCACAUACUUUGUGGUCCCCUCCCUUCCCCCUUUCUGUCCUCUUGCUAACCUUUCUUUUAAGCAUGUCUGGAACGUGGAGUGAGUGUCGCAUGGUUUUGUUAGGGUGGGAGGGGAUCUCCAUUUGCAUCUCCACGGGACAAUUUGUUGUUCGUGGCAGUCCCUUUGUGCGGAGGGGGUGGGCUGAGAGCCGCCCUGAUCCUGAAGAUGGACAGAUCAAAGCUAGGUGGUGCCCAUUCUUGGUGCCAGGUUGGGGGGCCAGUCCAUUCCAGUGAAUGCCGUGACCCCGGUAGCAAACAGCCUGGGUCAUUUUCUUUGCCACACUUUCGGAGCCCUUGAAGCAUGAGAUUUCUUCAGAUAGAAGAGCAUGAUGAAAGAAAAGCAUGUUUAGGAGGCCCACAUGGGCCAUGUGUAUUUGAGACAGAAAGCACAGUAGGUAGGAAAGUGGGCAGGGUUACUGCGUUUGGGCGGGAAAGCCCAGUUGGUAAAUACUUAACUUGUAAGUUUUCCCAGGGAUUGUUUUGGCUUUUUUUUUUUUUUAGCAGUUAUUUUUAUCUGGAGGUGCAGGUAAAGGAGAGCUAAAAAUAAAUAAUGUAUAAAAUAAGAUCAUCAUGAAAUCCUGUGCCCCCCUCCGCUCUAAUUUCCCUUGUGCUAGUUUUCUGUGAUCACAACCUCAAGCCCCUACCAAUAGGUAAUAUUUUGUCUUUGUUCUGUUCUACUUUAUAACCACAAGAUUUUACAACGUCUGUUGCUACCCUACUCUCCCUCCCCCUCCACACACACAUAUAUCCCAGACCUGAGAUAAUACCACCUGCAAAACUGCUUUUGUAAAAUUCUGCUCAGCUCAUUCCUGGCCCAACCCAAUAAAACAAAGGUAUAAAACCCCUGUUUCCCCAAAGCUCAAGGCUCAGAAUUUGGAGUGCUUAACUCUUCUGGGCCAGCUGGCUUAAUAAAGCUUGGUAUCCUUCACUUCUCUGGAAUGCUGCUUUUGUUUCCCACACCUUCAGUAAAUCUAAAAUGGUUGUAACAUUUGGUUCCCUACCUGGGAAACCAAAUGCACUGGCCUCUUGAACCAGGGCUCGUAGUCAAAAAGUGGCCACGGAGAGCCCUCUCUGGGGAAUGAGAUCAGACUUGGAGGAGAAGUGAACCAGUCUUCUGACAGUACUCCAGAAUAAGCCUCACCAGUAGGCACGCGCCGCCUCCCUAUCUUCGAGGGUCUGCAGCGGGAAGCUUGCUGUGUGCAGCGCUGGUGUGGAGGCGCCAUGGAGCAGUACACAGCCAGCAGCAAUAGCUCCACGGAGCAGAUCGUGGUGCAGGCCGGCCAGAUCCAGCAGCAGCAGCAGGGUGGUGUCACUGCUGUCCAGUUGCAGACUGAGGCCCAGGUGGCAUCCGCCUCAGGCCAGCAAGUCCAGACCCUCCAGGUAGUCCAAGGGCAACCAUUAAUGGUACAAGUCAGUGGAGGCCAGUUAAUCACAUCAACUGGCCAGCCCAUCAUGGUGCAGGCUGUCCCCGGAGGACAAGGUCAAACCAUCAUGCAAGUCCCUGUGUCUGGGACACAAAGUUUGCAGCAGAUCCAGUUGGUCCCACCUGGGCAGAUCCAGAUCCAGGGCGGGCAGGCUGUACAGGUGCAGGGCCAGCAGGGCCAGACCCAGCAGAUCAUCAUCCAGCAGCCCCAGACAGCGGUCACAGCUGGCCAGACACAGACACAGCAGCAGAUCGCUGUCCAGGGGCAGCAGGUAGCACAGACCGCGGAAGGGCAGACCAUCGUCUAUCAGCCAGUCAAUGCGGACGGCACCAUUUUGCAGCAAGUCACAGUCCCUGUUUCAGGCAUGAUCACCAUCCCAGCAGCCAGUCUGGCAGGAGCACAGAUUGUACAGACAGGAGCCAACACCAACACAACCAGCAGUGGUCAAGGAACCGUCACUGUGACACUGCCGGUGGCAGGCAACGUGGUCAACUCGGGAGGAAUGGUGAUGAUGGUGCCUGGAGCUGGCUCUGUGCCUGCCAUCCAAAGAAUCCCGCUGCCUGGGGCAGAGAUGCUGGAGGAAGAGCCCCUCUAUGUGAAUGCCAAGCAGUACCACCGUAUUCUUAAGAGACGGCAGGCCCGGGCCAAACUAGAGGCAGAAGGGAAAAUUCCAAAGGAAAGGAGGAAAUACCUGCAUGAGUCCCGGCACCGUCACGCCAUGGCCCGGAAGCGAGGUGAAGGUGGACGAUUCUUCUCUCCCAAAGAAAAGGACAGUCCCCACAUGCAGGAUCCAAACCAAGCCGACGAGGAAGCAAUGACACAGAUCAUCCGCGUGUCCUAACCCCACUUGGACGAUGCAGUGGAGCUGAUCGAGGUGGUGUUCCUUGCCUUUCCCGCUGUUCAGGAAAUUGAUCAACUCUUCCGAGGGGACCCUAACACUCACACUCUGCCCUGCAGGACGGGUACCACUUAGUUUUUGAUAAGUGGCUCAGUAUUAUAAUUGCAGCAGUGUUUGGGAAGUUGAAGUCGCCAGCCUCUGUCUCACCCUUUCGGUCAGGACCUGUUGCCAGCUGUUGAAGUCAUUGACAUUUCAUGAAUUAGGCUGAUACGAGGAGGCAGCUGCCGCCUGGCAGUAUACAAGCACUUACACGGCUGGUGAAGCAGCCCGCCGUCUCCACAGAGGACAGUGGCCUUCUCCGCCGAGCUGGGACGGGGAGCCGCAACUGCUCCUGCCCUGGAACCCAGAUGCGUCCACCCCUCCGGGGAACCUCAGACUGACUGACAAAUGAAUAGACACUUCAUAGUCAGAGCCGCUUCCCACAAGGAAGCUCCAGACUGUGACAGAAACAAUAAAUUCUUGGAGUUGCGGUCACCUGCUCUGGUAGUAAGAAUCUCUGUGUGCCCAGACACUGGGCUCAUGUUUACGGCACAGCACCUAAACACAUUGCUGAUUGCUUGUGCUCUCUUUUUCCCUGUGGGUUUCCCUCGGUUUUAAAGAAUGUUUCAACUAUAGUUCUUGCUAUGGCUAAUUCAAGAGAAGCUGGGGGUGUUGGACUUUGAAACUGCACUUCCUAAGUAGAGAACAAACUCUCCAGCAGCCCUGUGCAGAAGCACAGAGGCCGUGUCCCAAACAGAGGCAGACUCGGUAUUUUCAGUCAUAGGUCUUAGGACAGUGUUGGGGACCAGGUGCGUGUGUCCCGCUAGGAGGAGAACCAGCCACCAUGUGUGGACAGAGCGUGCCUCUGCAGCCAGUAGGUGCCCGGGGUGGUCACUAGGGUGGAAAGAUUAACUUGUAUUUACAUUUAGACCCUUUAACGAGCAGUGACAGGAGACAUCAGGUGUGGUCCUUGGCAAGUUCACUCUCAGUGUUCUGGGCAGAGGCCAGGUCCCCAGCAGAAGCCCGAGGUGUGGGUGCUGGCUCAAAACUGGCCCCAGAGAGGGAGCACUCUGCCGCUGCCUUCCCGGACAGCUGAUCGUCAGCGCUCUUAACUUUCCGUUUCCCCUCUGCCUGGGCCCAGUGCAGGAAGGUUUUCCCGUGGCACCCUUGCUGCAGGAGUAAUUGCAGACUGGUGGGGCCAGAAAACAGACCUGUUCCCACGAUGGUCCAGGCCUCAGAAAUCUAUCUUCUAAAUGUCAGAUCCUGAAGAGAGAACCAAGGUGAUGCUUCAGAAGAGUUGGCUGCUUUCUCUGGAAACAGGAAACAUCAAUUAUGCAUUAGGGUCAGUUUAAAUGCUAAGCAUAAAGGUAGGGCGUCUUUGAUGUCAAACUAUAUUGAGACAGAAAAGACAUCAUGAACCUCCAUUGUAAUGGCAGAAACGGGUGCAGAACUAUGCUAAACUGCAAGUGAAAUAGGUUCCCCAUCCGCUGGCUUCCAGGCAUGCAGAGGGUUGACCCCUCAGUAAGCUCACUGCACACCUCAGUGUGGGUGAUAGUUUCAGGUACUGACUGCCCCAAAAGUUCAGGAGGAGAUUGCUGAGACCCAGUUUCCAGUGCUUAUGACCCACUUCUGAAAUUUAUUUAUUUGCAUAUGUGAGUUUAUACAUAGUAAACCUCAGAUUGUUGCUGAAGUUUUCAUUGUGAGGGACAAGUUGAAUUUUCUUUAGAAGUGAAAUGCUUCAGUUGUCAUGUUGUCCCUGCAUUUCAGUUAACUCAUGACCCUUUUAUUAUUUUAGCCAACCACAGUAGCCCGCAGGUUGGGGGAGGGGCUGGGUUUUCCGUUACUAGUUGUUUUACUCAUUUGCCCUUGAGACUGUAAGCAAUGACCUCAAAGACGUGGCGCGAUGGACAGAUGAAUUGGGCUCCUGCAUAGCUAUGUGGCUGUCUUGCAGGGUCACUGUAAAUGUGUAUAUUUUAAUUGCAGUGGUACAUGGAACGUGUCCGUGUCUGUACCACUGGACCAACAGCGUUCUCUGGCUACAGGGUGCCCCAUCAUAAUGCCUUGAUUUUCCUUUGGGACUCAGCUGUAUGCCCCCAGCAGAAGGGGGACUCUAGGUCAUCAAUCAUUGAUGUCAUUGCAAUUGCUAUUUUUUAAAAUAAAUUUAUAAAAUACUAAGAAA